AUGAACCUCACCCGACCCCAGUCCGCCGCCGAGGACUACUCCGCUGCUGCACAGAAGCGCAAGCGUCCCAGCCAACCUGCUCUUCCCAUCCUCCGCUGGUUCUCCCCCAAGAAUGCCGGAAAAACCGCCUCCUCAAACCCUAACUCCCCCGUGCGCUCGCGACCACCCACCCCGUCCGCCAGCCGAUCUGAUACCCCUGGCCCGUCAACGCCCACCACCCCUCCCUCCGCACUCUCCGCGCUCGCAGAUGCGUUCGCAGAUGAUCCACAUCUCUUUGCGCACUCGCGCAGCAACUCGGACGACAUCAGACUCCCAUCCAGGCCGGCGGCGGCCCGUUUGCAGUCCGCCCUCCAACGUCCGUCCUACUUCUCCAAUCUCACGCGGACCACCAUGCCCACCGCUUGCCUGUCCCCGCCCGUGACAGCAGCGUAUGUCAGGCCCGGCUACACGGACCCCUUCGAGGACCCGUUUGCGUGGCCGCCGCGCGACCAGGACCAGCAGCAGCACUCGCCGCCAUCCAGCUCCUCUGUCGAACAGCUCCGGCACAUCCAUGAACGCAGCAGGAGCAGGAGCAUCCACACAUCCGCUUCCCAGGGCUUCAACUUCCCGCAGCUGCCGAACCUUCGCUCCUGGUUCUCGUCAGAAGAGGGUGGGAACGGCGACAAGGAGAACCUUAAUCCUAUGUUGAGCGACGAGGACAAGGCAGAGACGGCGGCGGGAGAGCGGGAAAACAUCAGGCGCAAGUAUGUCUCGACGAAGAACCCGCUCGUGUUCUGCCACGGCCUCCUGGGCUUCGACACGGUCACGCUCGGCCCGGCGAUCGCCCCUUUGCAGGUCCAGCACUGGAGAGGGAUCAGGGACGCUUUAGAGACGAACGGGAUCGAGGUUCUCACCACACGCGUUCCCGCGACGAGCUCGCCCAUCGACCGCGCCAAGGUUCUGUGCGAGAGGAUCGCGGAAAAGUACCCCGGGCGCGCGGUGCACCUCAUUGGACACAGCAUGGGCGGCAUCGACUGCCGCUACCUGACGACGCACCUGACGGACCGGCCGUUCGACGUGCUGUCGGUGACGACGAUCUCGUCGCCGCACCGCGGGUCCGCGUUCGCGGACCACUUCCUCGAGACGGUCGGCAAGGAGCGCAUGCCGUCCGUGCUCGCGCUGCUCGAGCUGCUCCCGAACGGCGGCGGGGACGGGAAGGCGUUCGAGUUCCUCACCGCGGAGAACAUGCGCAGGUUCAACGAGAGCACGCCGGACGUGCCCGGCGUGCACUACUUCAGCUGGGGCGCCGUGUACGAGCCCGGGCUGAUCGAUACGUGGAAGUGGCCGCACUCGGUCGUGUACGAGAAGGAGGGACCGAACGACGGCCUGGUCUCGCUCCAGUCCGCGAAGUGGGGCACGUACUUGGGCACGCUCGAGGGCGUGAACCACCUCGACCUCGUCGGCUGGAUCAACACCGCGCGGUACAAGUGGGCGGAGAUCAUGGGCCGUGAGAUCAAGUUCAAGCCCGCGACGUUCUACCUCGGCAUCGCGGACCACCUCGCGCGCGUCGUCGAGGGCCAGGAGCAGGCGCAGCCCGAGCAGGGCGGGAGCGGGAGUGGGCGCGGGCGGGGGAGCGCCGAGCGGCCCGAACGGGAGCGGGAGAGGGAGACGAGCAGCGAGCGGAGGGGGCGCGAGCGCGCGGAGAUGGCGGACAGUUUGGGGAAGGGGGAGGAGUCGAGCGCGGGCCCGAGCGGGCGGGGGGACGCGCCGGGGGCUGCUGGUGCGCGGAGGCAGUCUCCGUCCCAGGAUGAGCCCGAGCGGGCGGUGUCGGAUGUGGACGAUGGGUCGCGCGCACUUCCGGAGGCUCAGAAGAGGAAACAGAAGGAGAAGGACCCGGGUCGUCCGAGCUGA